AUGGCUCGCAAGAAGGUGACCCUCCAGUACAUCCCCAACGACUCCACCCGGCGCGGCACUUUCAAGAAACGCCGCCGGGGAUUGAUGAAGAAAGCGAGCGAGCUGUCGAUCCUCUGCGACGUCAAGGCCUGCGUGGUGGUGUACGGCGAGGGCGAGAGUGCGCCGGAGGUGUUUCCGUCUCCCGACGAGGGACUGGCAAUCCUGACCCAGUUCAAGAACAUGCCGGAGCUGGAUCAGUGCAAGAAGAUGAUGAACCAGGAGGGGUUCCUCCGGCAGCGCAUCGACAAGCUCCGCGAGCAGGUGCACAAGUCCGGGCGCGACUGCCGGGACCGCGAGAUCAGGUACCUCCUGCACAAGGCCAUGGUGGGAAACCUCCCGGGCCUCGAGGGGCUCUCGAUCGAGGAGCUCACCAGCGUGGGAUGGAAGGUGGAGGUGCUCCUCAAGAGCAUCGGCGACCGCAUCACGAAGAUCCGAGGCCUCCGGUCCCUCUACCAGCCUUCCCUCCAGGCGCAGCCGUCGCCGGAUGCCUACCUCGCCGGUGGCGCGGACAUGGGGGCUCCGGCGAUGUACCAGGCUCACGCGCCGCCGGUGCAGGAGAGAUGGCUCGACAUGGUGAGUUCUGGAUCGGGAGGUGACCUCAGCACCGUCGUCUACAGUGGCUUAAACGGUAGCCAUGACGGUGCCGGCAGCGGCACCAGCGCCAGCGCCGGCGAUGACGUGAUGCAGCCCUUCGAUCUGGGUGCGGGGUUCGCUUGGCAGUGGGCUGCCAGUCCUGUCCCGUCUCCGAUGAGUUCUUUCCUGACUCCCAUGUCAGCAGGGAGAGGCUGA